GAUAUAUAUUUUUCUAAUUAACUAAUUCAUUUAAUUAUGUAUUAUGUAACAUAUAUAAAAUUUCAUAUAGAUUCAGAUAAUAUAUAAUAAUCCUAACUUUUAUAGUAAUAAUCUUAUAUCAGAGCUGUAUUCCUCAAACAUGUGACGGAGUAGUGUUUAAAGGAGCCAAAAUGAUGAUGUUUAGUUAACUAUUUAUUAUUAUUAUUAUUAUUUAAGCUAUCGUUACCAUCAUCCAUUGUUUUAAACGGGUUCUUCUGGUUCCGUGCGAGCAGCCUGUAGAGGUCGCUGUAUAACGCUGUAUAAUUGUUUUCAUAAAUGACAAACAAUCACGGAGAGAAAAAAAAACAUCAUUACCAUAAGGAACUCAAAUGACAAACAGUUCAUCAAGUGUCUUUGAUAUGGCAUAGCUCGCAUUGGUGUUUCAGAGUUUUCAUAUCUUUAACUUUAAGUAAAUACAUCUUAGAUAAUUAAUGGUGACACUUCUGUAAAUCAACCGUGCGAAAUGAAAAGCUGCAUUUCCGUGUCUAUCGCUCUGUUCGCUGCCAGCAGUGUCUUGUUGGAUGUCUCGAGCGAAUGGCAUAGCAGGAGAAGCUUUGCAUUUACAAAGAGGCUUUUCCUGGGAAAACUGUGGAAAGCCAGACGACCCCACAGAUGUGAAGAAUCUUCAUGUGUAUCCAAACCCAAUUCCUUCACCGGGAUAUGUAAUAGCAGCUGCAUCUGCCACCACAUCGGUGCACCUGUGCUCUCCCUUCCCUGUGAACUUGACACUGGAAAGAGAAGUUGCUGGUGUAUGGUUAAAAGUGCCUUGUGUUGAUGAUUUAGGAAGUUGUUAUUAUCCUGAUGCCUGUGUGCGGCUGGCCCAGCUCUUUAUGCUGAUCCCGGAGCUCUGUCCUGAACCUAAACGUUCAUCUAGCGUCCCCUGUGGCUGUCCGUUCAGAGCUGGGGACUACUAUUGGCCAUCAUCUGGUAUCUACAUACCAAAUUUUUCACUACCUAACAGGUUGACCAAUUUCAGAUUACAGAUCAUUUUAGGAAACGCUGAAAAAGAGCUGGGAUGCCUUAAAGUCAGCUUCUCAAUAGCAUCAGUACUGUACAACCAACACACUGAAAUGUAGUUGUUGCUGUCAUGUAGCAAUCUGCUCUUUUCCUGGCUUUUGGUAAAGUGUCAAAAAAGAGCCAAAUGUCCAGGACUAAUCUCGAGAUGGUACGGGCUCAGGAUUCAAACACUUGUAACCUCUACUGUUCCCAUCAUGAUUAAUGCACUAAUGUGAUUAAUGAUGAGUGAUGCACUAAUGUGAUGUAGUGGCAAAAGAAGCCAAUUCAGUUACUGAUAAAAAAUAAAAAAAUAAAAUGUUUAAAUUGUUGUUCUUAAUAAACAUUCAAAUUAGUAACAGUUUUCUUUUAGUUGUGUAUUAUAUUGUUCCCAGUGAAUCUGUAAUGCUACACUAGUUUAUUAUUUUUUUAAAUGUUAUUUUCCUAUGUGC